UGUAUAAAUCGACAUUAAACGUUCAAAGAUAAAUCCAUCUUUUACAAAAGUAUCCCAGCAACAUUAUUAUAUUAUUUUAUUACAUAAUUAGAUCUAAUAGAUUAUAUUCUCUAAUGUAAUAUUGCAAUGCUUUAUUUGAGUUCUUGUAAAUAUCGUAACUUAUGUGGAUUUUUUUUCUGGUGAAAUAACUUCUCACGUGGAACAGAUUGAUAUAUUUAUAUAUAUAUAUAUUUGUCUUUAAUUUAUCUUUUCAUUUAUAUUGUCAUUUUGAACGUGACGAAGACGCGAAAAUCAGUUGUAACAUAUCUUCCUGAUAUACUGUAAUAAUGGAGGUCAUUAAGGAGGAAAGUAAAGACAUUAGUGAUGCAGGAGCAUGCAGAAUGAAAGAUGAAGAUUCUAAGGAACAAAAAGACCCGAUGGAAGUGAAAGAUGAAAGUCAAGAACUGAAUGGGGUGAAGGAGAUGCUUCAUAAUUUAAGUGGAGAAAAGUCUUCAAGUUGCUCGGAGACUGAAAAGAACAUUUCGCAAAAAAGAACGGAACCUAAAAGCUCUUUCACUUGCUCUCAGUGUGGAAAGAGUUUCACACGUAAAGGACACCUUGAGGUUCAUAUGGUGAUUCACACAGGUGAGAGGCCGUACACAUGCCCUCAGUGUGCAAAGAGUUUCACAUGCAAAGGAAGCCUUAAAGAUCACUUUAGGAUUCACACAGGUGAGAGGCCUUUUACCUGCCCUCAGUGUAGCAAGAGUUUCACAAAUUCAGGAGGCCUUAAGAGGCACAUACGAAUUCACACAGGUGAGAGGCCUUUUACUUGCCGUCAGUGUGGAAAGAAUUUCCCAAGUUCAGGAGAGCUUAAGAGGCACAUAAGAAUUCACUCUAGAGAGAGGCCUUUUACCUGCCCUCAGUGUGGAAAGAGUUACAAACAAAAAGAAGUUCUUAGGGAACAUGCCAAAAUUCACACAGGAGAGAGACCUUUUGCAUGCAUGUUGUGUGGAAAGAGCUUCACACAACAGAGCACUCUAAAAGUUCACAUGAAGGUUCAUUCUGGAGAGAAAUUACACCAGUGCUCUGAGUGUGGCAGGAGAUUUUCAGAAGCAUGCAAUCUCAAAACUCACCUGCUGUCUCACACUGGAGAAAGACCAUUCAACUGUGAGCGGUGUGAUAAAAAGUUUUUCUUGGCCGUACACUUAAAGACACACAUGAGGAUUCAUGAAGAUGAAAGGCGUUACGUGUGUUCUUUUUGUGGGAAGAGUUUUCUGUGGCUGCAUGGUUUUAAAGACCAUCAGAAAACACAUAUUGGUGAGAAACCCUACGUGUGCUUGGACUGUGGGAAAACCUUUGCUAGAGCUGCAGAAUUGAAAGUGCAUGAAAGGAUCCAUACUGGAGAAAAACCUUACAAGUGUUCACAUUGUGAAAAGAGUUUCACCCAGUCAUCAGGCCUGAAAGUACACGAGCGAGUGCACACCGGAGAGAAGCCGUACCUCUGCCCUUCAUGUGGAAAGACUUUCAGCCGAUAUGGUAGUUUAGGAAAACAUUUAAAGAAGGCUUGUCCAAAGUUGAGAAAAUGGAGCCGUUACCUCAAGCCUGAAACUGAACAGGAAGCUCGCUGUUUCCUGCUAUCUGAUUUACAUCUUUUGUUUUGACACUUAUUUGCAGAGCCUGAACAUUCUCACCACUAUUAUCAUAUUCACAAUCAUCUGUAUUUUGCCUGUAUCACUCAAAUAUAGAGUACUCAUUUGGAUUUGUUUGCCUUGUCUGUCUUGCUUCAGUGGCUUGUGUUUAUUAAUGUUGCCUGCCUUCUGACCUUUGCUCUGAAUUUAACUUUAAUAAAAAGAAGGACAUGAUUUCCAAA